AUGUUGGUGGUCGGUCUGAGCGGCGGCGUGGCAACCGGAAAAAGUACGGUAAGCGCUGUUUUCCGGCAAAACGGCAUUCCGGUCAUUGACGCCGAUUUGGUGGCUCGACAAGGUUAUUUUUCACACUUGCAUAACCGAAUUUCAGUUUGAAUUGAGAUUUUUAGAUUCUCGAGAAACAGUCAUCUCUGUGAGGAAUUUUUUGAACUUACUUUUACCCCCAAGUUUUCAUCCAAAAGUUUGAGUUUCAGCUAAAAAUUCAAAUUCCGAUAUCAAGUUUUUGUUUUAAAAAAGGAAAAAAUAUGUUUUAAACGGAUUCCUAUGAUUUCAGGUACUCCUAAGCCCUUACGGUUCUCAAAAAAACUGGAAACUUUAUUGAUUUUCUGAAUUCAAAGCACCUUUUCAAAGGUAUUAAACAUAAAGCUCAAAAGAAAGAAGUUUCAAACUAAUAUAAGAUUCAUGAAACAAAAAAAUGUUUGGAGUUCGGGUUUAAAAUGAGCGAUUUCAUGACAGACUCGCGAAAUCCAUUUUUAUUUUGGACUACAGUCUGUUUCGAUUUUGAGGGUGAAAUUCUUAGCUCAAGCUCCGCCCCUAAUUUCCUGAUAAACCAAUCAGAGAGCGAGCCAUACACAGAGCGUUUUCAAAUGACGUCAUUGUACUUGACAUUCAAAAUAUAAACAGACCAUAUCAAGACAAUUAAAAAAAACUGUCUCUUAUCAAAAAAGAGAAGAUACAAUAUUUUCUCUCUAAAGGAACCUUAAAAAAGUUCGGCUUUCUCAUGUUUUAAUUUCCAGUCGUACAACCUGGUCAUCCAACGUAUGUCAAGCUGCGGGCGGCCUUUGGCGAGGAAUUCUUCGACGAUGCCAGCGGCGGCGUUUUGCGCAGGGAGAAGCUCGGAAAGGCGGUCUUCACCGACUUGGAGAUGCGGAAGAAGUUGAACGCGAUCACGCAUCCCUCGAUCCGCUACGAGAUGCUCAAACAGCUUCUUUAUCACCUGUUCACUGGCACCAGGUUGGGUUAUGUUGUAAGAAAAGAAAGGGAGGCCUGAGACAUAUGAAAAUGUGUAAAAUGAUCUUUCUUCUUUUUCCUGUAGGGUCUGAAAUGGUCGGAAAAACUUCAAAUUCAAUAAUUCAGAUCUUUUCCUUCAAGUCCUUAUUUAAAAACAGAAAUAUGACUCACAAAGUGUAUUUAAAGGUACAUCGUCUUCGACACACCUCUUCUUUUCGAAGUUGGAUACGACAAAUGGAUCCGCACGACUAUUGUUGUUUGGUGGUUGGUUUAUCUCCUAUUAAAAAAAUAAUCAUAAAAAAAGUUUUUGGAUUAGAAAGACUUUCAACUAACUCCCAAGCUGCUCAGUAUUUUAUUUGGUUUUUUUCAUUUACUCCUUAUUUUUCUAAGAAACCUUUUUUUUAUUUUUCAAUCAUCCUUGAGUAUGGUUCGUUUUCCGUAACUCAAAAGGGCGGGAUUUCUCGGCGCCCUCUCGUCUUUAAGUACUAUUUUCCUGUUUCUCCGGCGUCCCUGAAGAGGGAACAGAGAGACGCAGACACUCUAAAAUCCCAUAGUCGCGGAGAUUUGGAGAAGUCUCUUCUUGCAGCGAAGAAGAAAUCGAACUGAAAAGAAUGAUGACUCGGGACGGAUUCUCGCGAGAAGAUGCCCUGACUCGAAUCGCAGCUCAAAUGAGCAUCGGUUUGUUUAUUUAUUUAUUUUUUCUUUCUGAUCGUGGAUAACGGUAAAGAUAAAGUCAGUGGUUUCGCUGCGGGGAUAGAACUUGUGACCCUUUUUACCUUAGACAGGCAGACAACCUGUUGCCCUACGGUGCGCCGCUCCUCAAAAAGUAUCAUAAUUAUUAAAUAUCACUCAAACCGAGAGUAGAAGUCAAAUUCAGUGAAUUAAAAACUCACUGUAAUAAGAUUUUUCUGCACAGUACGAAUCUUCGGGAAUUUUCUGAAAAUUGCAGAUAAUAAAGUUUAUUUUAAAAGAAAAAUAGUAUUUUAUUUGAACUGCUGGAAAAGUUUUUCUUCUUUUUCAUUCAUCGAGCGUUCAGAGGAGAAGAAAAAAAGCGGGCCAAGAUCCUCAUUGACAACAAUGGAACGCGGGACGAAUUAUUGAUCCAGGUGAUACUUAAUUGAUGGACGAGUUGAAAAGCUGAAACCAGGUAGAAGAGGUGAUCCGGAAGCUGAAUUCCUCGUGGUCGCCCAUCCUGGUUCGCGUCGUCAUCGCCGUCCUCUUCGGCCUUCUUUCUUCCUGGAUCAUCGGCUUCUUCCGAUAA